CCCUCUCUCUCUCUCUCUCUCUCUCUCACUCUCUCUCACACACACACACACCUGGGGAAGGUUUUACUGAUAACGGUUCACUCCAGUUAUCAUAAGUAAAGCGAGAAAGAACCUAAUUAUAUAGAUAUAUUCCGAAGAAGCAGCAGCAGCAGCUAGGACAACAUACUUACGAAUCGAAUGGCGGCAUCGGGUAAUUUCAAAGAUGAGGAACAAGUGCUGGAGCAUCUGUUGAAUGUCCGAAAAGACGAUCCGAAGGUGGAGGUGAGGGGGCUGACAAGGCGGGGGGACAAGGGAGAAAGAAUCCUGAAAGAAGUCAACGCUGACAUUGGGAGGGGGGUGAUAGUCGGGGUGAUCGGUCCGAGCGGGAGCGGCAAGUCAACGUUCCUGCGGGCCCUGAAUCGGCUAUGGGAGCCCGAUCGCGGCACCGUGUUCUUGGACGGCGUUGACAUCUGCGACAUGGACGUGCUCACCCUCCGCCGCCAAGUGGGCAUGCUUUUCCAGAUCCCCGUGCUCUUUCAAGGCACGGUUGCGGACAACGUCAGGUACGGACCGCAGCUUCAUGGCAAGAAGCUGAGCGAUGAGGAGGUGUACAAGCUGUUGUCGCUUGCGGAUCUCGAUUCAUCUUUCGCCUCCAAAUCUGGCGCGGAAUUGUCCGUCGGACAAGCUCAGAGGGUUGCUCUUGCAAGGGCCUUGGCUAAUGAACCACAGGUUCUUCUGCUGGACGAGCCGACGAGCGCGCUGGAUCCGAUAUCGACGCAGAACGUGGAAGAUGUGCUGGUAAAGCUGAAGAAGGAUAAGGGCAUGACCAUUGUAAUGGUUUCCCACAGCAUCAAACAGAUACAGAGAAUUGCUGACGUCGUCUGCCUACUCGUCGAUGGUCAGAUUCUCGAAACCCUCCAACCUCAUCGACUCUCUCAGGCUACUCAUCCAAUGGCCAGAACAUAUCUUCAGCUCAGCUGUUGAUCCAUGCACAUAACAUUGGCUGUGUUUAUCUUCAUUAUGUUGAAUGACUGCUCGUUAUGAUGCUUUAGCUUAUGCAAAAUUCAGCAUAAUAUUGAAUUUUUUUAUUUCUUUGGACCAAUAUAAAUUUUAAUCGAUGGUAGUUUACCAAUUAAAAUAA